UUUUUUCACUGUAACCGUACUUUUCUUUGUUUAUUUACAACAAUCUAGUUCUCCUUCACCGUGAAUUUCUGAAAUUUUUUUUUUGAAUUUAACAAGCAUUUAAAAUGGGAAAUAAAACUCAUGUUUAAGAAUCAGGAAUAGCAUUUAAAGGAGGAAUUUUUAUUGUUUGGAAAUUGAUCACUCAAGAAUAUGUUCCGCUCACUAUUAUUAGCUAGGUGUAAAAAAGUAUUUCUAAAUUUUAAUGAUGGAAAAAUUAAACUAUUCAGUGAAGGAUUAAAAAAAUUGAGCAUCAGUAAAUCUAUUAUAGAAAAUAGCAGAAGUUUUCAUAGAAGUUCAAUAUGCUGCGAUUUGAUGGAGUUUUUUGAUGAUUCUAAAAAUUGGGGUGAAGAGGAAGUUAAAUCAGGAAGAGCUUGGACAAUUGAUGAGCUUCGGAUCAAAAGUAAUAGUGAUUUACACAAAUUGUGGUUUGUUUUAUACAAAGAAAAGAAUAUGUUAUUAACAAUGGAACAUGCUGCUAAGGAAGAAGUUGAAUUGUUUCCUAGUCCAGAACGAAUAGACAAAGUUGAAAUAAGUAUGGAGAAUUUAGAAGCUGUAGUACGUGAAAGGAAUGAAGCAUAUUAUUUAUUAGAAACUGGGGAAACAGGAGAAAGACCUCAUGGUUGGAAGGAAGAUGAAUUUGGAAGAUUUAAUUGUGUGCCAUUGGAAGAGCAUCUUAUUCCCAUGAAAGAAAACAAGAAGUUCCUAGAAGAAGAUCUAUUUCCAACUAUGGAGACUGUCAAUCCCACAGUUCCAGAGUUUUUACUUAAGCUAUCAGAAAAAGAAAGAUUCCUGAAAAGAAUUGAACGCAAGAAACAGAGAAUGCAUAUUAAGAAAUUGUUCAAGGAAUUUCCCAACAUGGAUAUGGAAGCUUUACAAGAGCAAUAUCCUGAUGUAGAUGUAUAUCAAUAUAAAAAAUAUUUAGAAGAGCAUGAUGAGCUGUAAAUAUUUGUUUGAAUGGCAUUAAAUGUUUUUAAGAAUUGUU